AUGGCUAUUAGGGCUAGAUUAGUCUGCCGUAAAAUUAACGGUCUCGUAGCCCCUGACGAUGUCAGCAACAGAAGGAGGGGAAGCAUGGCGUGUGUUUCGUUGUCGGAGCGUACAAAGGACUUUCUGACUCUCAUAGUGGUCGACGCCAUCUCCGGAGCUGCCACGGCCAUCUUGGCACCUCUGGACCGCGUCCAAAUCUGCAGUAAUGCGGCUCAUCAAGGUGAAGGUGAUGACAUGAAGAUAGCAAUGGAACCCUUGCUUUAUGCUGCUGGUGUGUUUGCUGGCCAUGUGCAUGCCUAUGAGCGAUCCUUAUGGAGCUGCCCACAUUCCGAUUGGCGAUGGAGGGAACACAGAAGGAUUAGCACCCAGUAUUGGGACUAUUUGACAGGGACAAGAAGUCCUAGCUUGAGUGGUCAGUCUUCCAGGAGGCCAGCUUUGGCCAUGCCCUCGAAUGUGAGCUUGGACUCAGAGUUCGAGCCAAGGUUGGCUGACUAUGGUUUAGUUACAACCUUUCCAGGCUUUGAUCGAGCAUCAUCGGGCUUCAAUCCACCAGAAUGUUUUAAGAACUCCAGGUACACUGAUAAAAGCAGCAUUUAUAGCUUUGGGAUGUUACUGGGUGUUCUAUUAACCGGAAGGGACCCGAACGACACAUCCUUUGGUAGCAUGGGGGAAUGGCUUAGGCAAAUGCAACAAGGUGAAGAUCGAGAAGCACUAAACAAAAAUAUCCUGGUUGGGCAACAAGGCGAACAAGAUGAGAUGCUAAUGGUUUUAAGAAUUGUUGUUGUUUCCCUGUCGGACGGACCUACCUGCUGA